GUCAUUUAUGACAUAUUUUCGUUACAAUACACAGAGGGAUGUAAAAAUAUGCUUAUUGUCCGAUUUCGUUUUUGUAUAACGGAUAUUAUUUGAGCUGGACUCACAUUGUUUCGGAUUUUGUGUGAAUUUGUGAACUUUAAGAUUUCGUGCGUUACUUUCACUUAUCGACUUACACUAUUAGUUAUAUUGUGAUUUUUUAUUAUAUAAACUGCAUUGUGAUUGUGUAAAUAUAAUUGAUUAAACUCACAUAUAUAUCUGUAGAAUUAACAUUAUCAUAGAUAUAGAACUAGUAAUUUCUAGAAGUUAAGAACUGUUAGAAUAUUUUGUGCUGGUCUACAAAUUUCUGUUUCGACUGAUGACAGCGCUUUAGCUGCAAUGCAAGCUGGUCUUGCUAGAAGCAGUUUCUGGAUGCCCAAGCUUGGAUACCGACCUGUGCUGUUUUUGGUGUGCUGGUUAUACCUGACAGCAGUGACCGUCAAUGGACAAUGCACCUGCAGCACGUGUGCUACGAGCUGUAAUGCUGGCCAGUACCUGAACAACGGAAUCUGUGACACAUGUCCUCAGGGAAAAUACUGUACUGGCGGUUCAGCCGCGGCCAUAGAUUGCCCAGCGGGAAAGGCCAGCGCAAAUACUGGAAAUGAUGCCCUAACAGACUGCACGGAUUGCUCAGCCGGCUACUACAGUACGGCUGGAUUAUCCGCGUGCAUCCAAUGUCCUGCCGGAACAAAAUGUGCAAGCACAGGCACCGCUACUCCAGUCAACUGUAACACUGGCACAUAUUCGGCUCAGGGGGCAACAACUUGUACCACUUGUCCUGCUGGCUCGUACUGCUCCAGUACAACAUCGACUACAUCUCCGACAUCUUGUGCUUCAGGGACAUAUUCCAAUGCAGGUGCCACAUCAUGCAUUACCUGCACUGCUGGUUACGAGUGUGUAAGUGGCCUCGGUCCGACAAUCUGUCCAGCAGGAAAGUACAGUACUGCAGGCCAGGAGACUUGCACCGCCUGUAGUGCCGGUCAAUACAGUAGUUCUGCUGGAUCCACAUCUUGCACACAAUGUGAUGAAGGCCAUGAAUGCCCCAGCACAGGGAUGUCCGCACCAACACCUUGUUCAGCUGGUUACGUUGCUGCUGCGGGAUCUUCUUCUUGUACGCAGUGUAAUGCAAACCAAGUUCCCAGCUCAACUGACAGCAUAUGUGAAUCUUGUCCUGCUGGAUUUGCAUGCACGAACCCUGCGAACAGCGCCACUGCCUGUACUGGUGGCUACUAUUCCCUGCUAGGAGAAGCAGUCUGCACACAAUGCCCUUCAGGAUCAAAAUGUCCGACCACAACUGCAUCUCCUAUUGCCUGUGCCGGAGAUGAGUAUUCGGCAGCUGGAGCUACAACUUGUACCCAGUGUCCAGCAGGAUUCACAUGCAGUGGGGGAACAGCUACCCAGUGUGCAGCGGGACAAUACAGCCCCGCCGGAGGUACCACUUGUGAGGCAUGCACAGCCGGAAACUACUGUCCUCAAGGAGCCACCAGCGAGACUGCGUGUACAACAGGGUACUUCAGUGCGGCUAGCGCAGCUUCAUGUACACUGUGCCCUGCUGGGUUCUACUGUCCUGACACCAUGACAAAAACAGCUUGUCCUAGUGGAACCUACAGUGGACAAGGGGAAACUUCUUGUACAAAUUGUCCUGCUGGUUACCAGUGUAUGACGACGGAUUCAGAACCUACCGCAUGUGCAUCCGGCUAUUACAAUGAGGCUACAUCUCCCACUGGACAGGCGUGUAUUUACUGCCCCGGAGGGUACAAAUGUCCGACCACCAUUGCUGCAGAAGCAUGUGAUGCUGGUUACACAAGUAAAAAUGGCUCAAUUGAGUGCAAAGCGUGCCCUGCGGGUUUUGCGUGUCCAGAUGCCGCAGAUCCGUCCAAGAACUACGAGUGCGCUAUGGGAUCUUACUCCAUUGAGACAUCAAUGGUCUGCAGAGAGUGUCCAGCUGGCUCGCACUGCCCAACAAAUGUGGAUGGAAACCCUAUCAACUGCCCCACCGGAUUCUACACAACUGGGAACCAAACUGAAUGCACGAGGUGUGAAGCUGGCUUUAUUUGCCCGAACACCGAUGGAACAGGAAUUACUCCAUGCGUUUCAGGAAGCUACUCUGAAGCGGGUGCUACGGAAUGCACAAAAUGUCCAGCAGGAUACGCCUGUCCAGAAACCAACACGAGCCAAACUAUGCAAUGCUUCCCGGGAGAGUAUUCCAUCGGGGAACAGACAGAGUGUACGCCUUGCCCAGCAGGAUUUAAAUGCCCAACUACAACUGCUGCUGUUGAGGUGGCAUGUCUUCCGGGAACCUACUCUGUAGGAAAUCAGUCCACGUGCACAGAAUGUCUCGCUGGAUAUGAGUGUCCCAAUACUAAUGACAACACCUCGAUUGCCUGUGAGAUGGGCUAUUUCUCAUUGGGUAACCAACAGCAGUGUACCCUCUGUCCCGAGGGCGAGUAUUGUCCGACCACAAUUGAAAGCGGCCAACCAUGCGACAAUGACGGAGAAUACAGCGAUGCUGGAUCCACAAACUGUACCACAUGCGAGCAGGGAUGGUAUUGUCCUAACUUCAAAGCAUCCUUCAAACAACAGUGUAGGGCAGGAUAUUACUCGACGGCCGGGUCCACUUCUUGCAUUCGUUGCAACGCUGGGUACCGAUGUCAAAUGGAAUCAGACACACCCUCCCCACUUGCCGACCAAUGUGACCAAGGAGGAUGGUGCGACGGAGAGAAAUUCUACCCUUGUCCUGCAGGGACAUACAACAAAUUUAAUACAUCAGCAUCAGUAGCAGCUUGCGUGCUGUGUCCUGCAGGUUACUAUUGUGAGGGUCCAGGAGAGAUUGAUUACUCGGCUUACCUCUGUCCUGAGGGGCACUUCUGUCUUGAGGGAACUACUUCCAGAACAUCAUUUCCUUGCCCAGGUGGCACUUACAAUGGAGAGACCGGAAUCACCCACGAGGGCAACUGUACCGAGUGCCCCAUGGGCUCCUACUGCCCUGAAGCUGCAGUGACCCCUGUUGUUUGUCCCCCUGGGUUCUACUGCCCCUCUCCAGGGAUGACAUCUGGGAAUGAGAACCCGUGUCCGGCAGGUUUCUACAGCAACGGCACAGGACUCAAUUCAAGCUCAGAAUGCCUGAUGUGUGCGCCUGGUUAUUAUUGCCCGGGUGGUACUGAAAAUGACCCUAUGACCGACCCCCUGCCAUGCCCCAUUGGUACUUACAACCCUUCAUGGAACUCCUCUGAUCUGGUAAACUGUCACCCUUGUGAACAGGGCUGGGCGUGCCCUAAUGUGGCGAUGACAGAUUCCUACACUACAUCAUGCGAACUGGGUUACUACUGUCCAUUUGGCACCAAGGAGAUCAACCAGUUCCCCUGUCUACCUGGUAGCUAUGGUGAUGUAGCCAAUCUGACCUCAGCCAAUGACUGUAAGACGUGUCCUGCUGGGUACAUCUGUGGCUAUGCAACCACUGAUUUUGGUGAACAUACACCCCCUGAGCCCUGUGCCCAGGGCCACUAUUGUCCAGAGAUGACCACUGCAGCUGACCAGUACCCCUGUCCUGCGGGAACAUUUACAAACAGGAGCGACUUGUAUGAAGCAGCCCAGUGUACACCUUGUACAGGGGGAUAUUACUGUAUUGGUGGUGAAAAGGAGCCUACCGGAAUCUGUCCCCGAGGGUAUUACUGUCCUGAAGGUACGCUUAUCGGAACAGAAUAUGGUUGUCCAAACGGCACAUACAAUGACCUGGAGGGACUUUCCAGUGUUGAUGAAUGCAAGAACUGUACACAAGGUCACUACUGCGAGUUUGCAGUGAGUGCAACUACUCAGUGUCGAGAGGGAACGUACAUGCCGUAUGGUGUAGAUCCCGCUGGCGAUUUGUAUGGCGCUAUUCUAGGUGGAGGUGACCCAGCAAAGCGUCAGUUUGAAUGCAUAGACUGUCCGGGAGGCUCGUUCUGUUUGAAUGGCACUAUUGACCCCGCCCCUUGUGGAACAGGCAACUAUUCCCCUGUUGGGUCAACUUCAUGUACUGUCUGUGAAUAUGGGCACUACUGUGACAAUGCGACGACCUCGGAAGACGAUAUGCUGACAAACAAGAUCUGUCCUGCUGGAAGGUACUGUGUCGGUGGCCUGCACUCUGAACCUGAUGCAGUGGAUUGUGAUACUGGCAAAUACUGCCCUGCUGGAACUGUUGAAAUGCUAAACUGCCCUGUGGGAACAAUGCGAACAACUGUCGGCGCAGGUGCCGUAACUGACUGUGAACCAUGUACGGCUGGGUACUACUGUCUUGAAAUGUCAACUACUGAAACGGGGCCAUGUCUCGCGGGGUACUACUGCCCGACAAACUUUUCAAGUCCCUUUGAUAACAAAGAGCCGCCAUACAUUGGGUCGUAUGGUAAUGACAUGCAUAAAUGUCCUGAGGGAACCUAUUCCAAUGUAACUGCCACACCCGACCUGGCCAGCUGUCUUGAAUGCCCUGAAGGAUACUACUGCGGGCUUGCCACGAACCAGCCAACAGAUUGUGAACGUGGCUACUACUGUCCUGCGGGCUCAGAAAAAUCCACGCCCUGCCCUAUUGGAACUUAUGGAGCUGCUAGUAACCUGGUUGCACUGGACAGUUGCACACAAUGUGACACUGGCUACUACUGUGACGCCCCCGGUCUGACCUUGCCCAGGGAUCAGUGUGACGCUGGCUACCUGUGCUACAGUGGGGCUGUCACAUCAACACCCGUUAACAACGCCACCCAGGGUGGUGAGCGGUGUCCUAGGGGAGGCUACUGUCUCAAAGGUGCCAUAGAGGCACUUCCAUGCCCAAAGGGUACCUACAGUAACAUCACAGGAGCAGUUGACACCUCCGAAUGCACGAUCUGUGACCCAGGUUACUACUGUAGCAGUGUAGCUGGUGGUGAGCCCACUGGGCCUUGUGCUGCUGGGUUCUACUGCGAACAAGAGGCUUCAUCUCCAUACCAGUUCUCAGCAACACCUGGCCACUUCACACUAGAGGGUGCCCGAGCCCAGGAGGAAUGCCCAAUAGCCACAUAUGCCCCAUACCACAACAGUAGCAGCUGCACCACAUGUCCUGCGGGAUUCUAUUGCCCCGAUAAGGCGAUGAACUACACCAUCAUUUGCCCGCUGGGAACUUAUUGCGCUGAAGGAAGCUACCAGUACCUCAGCUGUCCACCUGGAACAUUCCUAAAUGAAACUGGAAAAUCAGACCUCUCCGACUGCAUCGAUUGUCCAACAGGGUUCUACUGCAUGGACCGUGGUCUCUCUGACGUCACAGGACCUUGUAAGGCUGGCCAUAUCUGCUACCUUAACGCCCUUGAUGACGAUCCUGUGUACAACAAUGACUCCAGUGGGGGUCUCACAAUCAUCACAUAUGGUGACAGAUGUCACCCAGGCUUCUACUGCCCUGAAGGAACAACGUACAUGAUCCCUUGUCCAGAGGGGACGUAUCGUGGGAGUUACUCCGGGAAAGCUGAGUCCGACUGCACUACUUGUGACCCGGGAAAGUACUGUGCUGGAGUAAACAACACAGCAGCCACUGGUGACUGUGACCCAGGAUACUACUGUAAUAACGGGAGCCACAUUGCCAACCCCGUUGAUGGGAUUAUCGGAGACAUUUGCCCCAUCCAUCACUACUGUCCCACGGGAUCUGACCUCCCAAAAACUUGCCCCACCGGGAUGAUGGCCAACAGCACUGGAAACUUUGAGUGUGCCCUGUGUACCCCGGGCUUCCUCUGUUACCCCAACACAGAGCCUCAGAUAUGUCCUCAAGGCCAAUACUGUCCGGGAAGCACAGAUCUUGUGCUGAUCACUCAAGGAACAGAUUGUCCUAUAGGUACAUAUGGACACAAAGAAGGACUGUUUGACCUUUCCAACUGUACAGCCUGUGAUGCCGGCUCAUACUGUGCAACUCCUGGACUGACUAAUGUGACUGGUCCCAUAUCGGCGGGAUACUGGGCUCUAACAGGCGCUGAGGUGGCCACACCCGCAGUCGAUGAUAACGUAGACUAUGGGCUCUGUCCGAAGGGCUACUACUGUCCAGAGGGAACUACAUCACCCAACCCAUGUCCCGCAGGAACUUAUGGUUCCUCAGAGCAGCUGCAAGCCCUAUCAGACUGUACUGAUUGUGACCCUGGCUAUUCCUGCCCCGAUCAGAAUAUGAUAGCUAAAGGCACCAUAUGUUCUGCUGGCUAUUACUGUAUCACUAACUCAAUAGAAACCAUGCCGGUCAACGCCACCUACGGAGAUAUUUGUCCCACUGGUUACUACUGCCCUGAGGGCUCCAGCUCCGCCCUCCCGUGUAACACUGGUACCUAUGCCCAGAACGAGGGUAGUGCCACAUGCACCCAGUGUCCCCAGGGUUUCUACUGUACAGCCAACACCACAGACCCAGUCUCUUGCCCAAUGGGGUACUACUGCCCAGCGGGGUCUGUGAGCGACACGACGAACGCAUGCCCCGUGGGAAAAUUCAACAACCUCACUGAGAGAUACCAGGCAUCUGAUUGUGUCAACUGUCCUGCUGGCUACUUCUGUGACAGUCAAGGUCUGCCGACACCCACAGGCGAGUGUGACCCCGGCUGGUACUGUACUGUAGCAGCCAUCACUGCCCAACCAAGUGUGGCCAGCCAGGGUGGUCAAUGUCAAGCAGGCACUUACUGUCCAGCAGGGAGCGGAGCACCCAUUACAUGUGACCCCGGAGAGUAUUGUGCUAAUGCCGAGCAAGACGUAACCAGCGGCAACUGCAGUGCUGGAUACUACUGUUCUGGAUCCUCGACCCAGGCAGCCCCAGUCGCAGAAACUUUUGGUGACAUCUGCCCAGCGGGUAACUACUGCCCAGAGGGCAGCGCGGCUGGAACCCAAUGCCCACCAGGCACUUAUCUACCCACAACUGGAGCCCAGACUGAGUCAGAAUGUAUCGCAUGUACCCAGGGCUACUAUUGUGACGGUUACGGUAACACCGCAGUGACCGAACAGUGUGAUGGAGGCUACUAUUGUCCAUCUGGCAUGAACGUCUCGAACCCCGCGGAGUACACCUGCCCACAAGGUCACUACUGCCCUAUCGGAAGCCACGAAGAAAUCCGAUGUGACUCUGGCACAUACCAAGACGAGACAGGACAAUCCACGUGCAAGGAAUGUCCACAGGGUCACUUCUGUGACAACACUAUCGCUCCGGUGGUGCUGUUUAACAGCAGUAUAUGUCCUCAAGGUUACUUCUGCCCUGCGGGUACCAACUACAGUACACAGUAUAGAUGUCCUAUGGGUACCUUUGGAAACAGCACGGGACUUUACCAGAUCUCCGAGUGUACGCCAUGCCCAGGUGGAUAUUACUGUGACCAGGAGGCCCAGACAACCUACACCCAGCUAUGCAACCCUGGGUUCUAUUGUCGUCAGGGAGCUGAAACGGGUACCCCAAUGGAGGAUAGCGAUGCCUAUGAAUGCCCAGUUGGUCAUUUCUGUCCGCAGGGAACCAGUGAACCACAGAAAUGUCCUGCAGGUACAUACUCCAACAAUAUACGACUGACCGCUUCCAGCGACUGUACGGACUGUCCAGCCGGUCAGUAUUGUGGUGAACUCAACAUGACAGCCCCAAGUGGACUAUGUUACGCCGGCUACUAUUGUCAAAAUGGCUCUUCCAGUCCCACUGAAGUUGAUUGUACCAAGGGACACUACUGUGGCAAUGGAACUGCAACUCCAACACCUUGUCCCAAAGGAACCUUCUCCAAUCAGACCAACCUAAUGUAUGAGUCAGAAUGUGAUCCCUGCCCGGGCGGCUAUUUCUGUCUUGAAGAAGGUCUGGAGGCCCCCACCGGGCUUUGCGGAGCGGGCUUCUAUUGCCCUCAAGGAACGAUAUACCAGCAGCCCAAUGAAACCUUCUGCCCCAUUGGUCACUAUUGUCCGAACGGAACUGCACAGGCACUGCCAUGUCUAAACUACACUGAAGCACCAACCACACAUACAGAAGAGUGUAACGCCUGUCCCGCGGGUUACUACUGUGACGAGACCAUCGGGAUGCGGGUUGUUUGCCCCGCUGGAUAUUUCUGCCCCACGGGAACUGGGGCUGACUGGCAGGCGUGCCCACGGGGAACUUACAGUAACACAACAGGACUUCAGACGCAGAGUCAGUGUACCUCGUGUGAAUCGGGAAAAUAUUGUGAAACGGAACAUCUUACUGCACCUACAGGUGACUGUGCCGCAGGCUAUUACUGUGUGUCGGGAGUAGACAUGCAGUACCCUAAUGGGUCUAAUACGGGAGAUGGCAACAUUUGCCCCGAAGGAAAUUACUGCCCCCUGGCUAGCCCCACUUAUAUUCCAUGUGAGAAUGGAUCUUAUGCUAACAGCUUGGGACAGGCUACAUGUGAUACCUGUAUACAAGGCUACUACUGUCCUGAUGGCACCUCUGACUACACAGCCUUCCCCUGCCCCGAGGGCCACUAUUGCCCAACUGGUACCAGAGAACCGUAUGAGGCCCCGUGUCCGGCAGGCACUUUUAACAACGGGACCCACAAGGUGGACGUCAGUGGUUGCUUUGCUUGUACAGAGGGAAUGUACUGUGAAACAACAGGCCUUUCAAUGCCAACUGGUCUCUGCGACCCAGGCUACUACUGUGAUGGUGGCUCUAGCACGAAAAUACCAACAGGAGCAGGUGGCGGGUUCUGCACGGCCGGGUUUUUCUGCCCUGAGGGAUCGACCCAGAUGACCCCGUGUACACCCGGGAAGUUCUGCGGGACUGAUUACCUUAAUGACACAUCAGGAGAUUGUCAGGAUGGAUAUUACUGCACGGCUGAGGCAUCUGUGUCCAAUCCUACUGAUGGAACUACAGGCAACAUCUGUCCAACGGGCAACUAUUGCCCAGCAGGAAGCGUAUCCCCAACUGCAUGUCUUGCCGGAACAUACCUAGAUAGCACAGGAAAUUACAACUCCUCUGCCUGUAUAUCUUGCACCUCAGGAUACUAUUGCUCAGGGACUGGUCUGUCAGCUCCUACGGCAAACUGCUCCCGUGGGUAUUACUGUCCAGGAGGCCAGGAUAACCCCACCCCUACAGGGCUUGAAUGUACUCAGGGGCAUUACUGUCUCGAGGGAAGUUUCACACCCGCUCGAUGCCCAUCAGGAUCAUACCAAGACGAAACUGGCCAAUGGAAUUGCAAGGGCUGCCCGGCUGGAUACUUCUGUGACAACAACUUAGAUCCUGUCGUCCUGUACAACACUUCUGCCUGUCCGCAAGGAUUUUACUGCCCUGAAAACACGACUCUCGGCACGGAAUUCCCGUGCCCACUGGGAACGUUUAGCAACAUUACCCACAGGACCGCAUCAUCGGAGUGCCAGGCCUGCUCAGGGGGAAUGUACUGUAGCCAGACUGGGUUAAGUGAACCAGAGGGACCAUGUGAUGCAGGUUACUACUGUACAACUGGAGCACAGAGUAAAACUCCAAGCCAGGGCACUGAUGCCAACAUCUGUACCACCGGCAACUACUGUCCUCAGGGCACGACGACCCCUCAAAACUGUCCUCCGGGAACAUACAAUGAUCAAACAGGCCUACAAGCCGAGAGCGAUUGUAAGAACUGUACAGGAGGAAAGUACUGUCCAAACUAUGGCAUGACAUCUGUACCUAACACCAACAAAUGUACUGCAGGCUACUACUGUCCAGAGUCAGCUGAUGUUGCCACCUUUAUUGUCUGCCCCGCGGGCCAUUUCUGUGUGGCCGGGUCCCAGGAACCAGAGGCCUGUGGUAGCGGAACUUUCUCCAAUGUGACUGGAUUGACAUCAGAUGGCGGUUGUGAGGAAUGCUCGGGUGGUUACUACUGUCCAACUGCUGGACAAACCGAGGCAACAGAACUAUGUUGGGGCGGGUUCUACUGCCCAGGUGGACUGACUGUGCCCAACCCCCCUCACUAUAUCUGCCCCAGGGGCAUGCAAUGUCCAAACGGGACUGAUGAAUACCUGCCCUGCUCAGCGGGAACAUACACAAGUACCAAUGGCAUGUCGGAAUGUGACAUCUGUCCCGCAGGAUUCUACUGUCUUCCUGUCAGCCCCGGGAAUGCCUCGCUGAAUGCACAAGACUGCCCAGCAGGUCAUUACUGCCCUGAAGGUACGGGUUUCAACUGGCAGGAUUGCCCUGCUGGAACAUACAACCCGAGCUUGGGACUGUGGAACGAGACUCAGUGCACGCAGUGUGACGCAGGGAAAUACUGCUCAGGGACUGCUAAUACUGCUGUCAAUGGCGAUUGUACUGCUGGCUACUUCUGCACUGUCGGUGUUGACACACCCACACCAGACGGGACCACAAACACAGGAACUGGCGGAAUAUGCACCACGGGGCACAAAUGUCCAACAGGGACUGAUCUUCCAGAUGCAUGUGCUGCUGGCACUUUCAGUAACCAGACAGGACAGUCUACAUGUACAACUUGUCCUAAGGGCUACUACUGUGUCGCUGCUUCGGUGGAUUAUGCGAGUACACCAUGCCCAGUUGGACACUACUGUCCCGCUGGCACUGGUGUGGCAACGGCAAACAAAUGCCCAGCCGGCACAUACAACCCGAUCGAAGGAGGGACCGUCUCUACUGACUGUCUUGAUUGCCCGGGAGGCCAGUACUGCGAGGGUAAGGGUAAUGAUGCCCCAACAGGAGGCUGUUACGAGGGGUGGUAUUGUUCUGGAGGAUCGAGCAGCCCUAACACGACCACCCAUGGUGGAAGAUGCUCAGCCGGAUAUUACUGCCCUGCCAACUCAUCUGACCCACAAAGGUGCGACCCUGGCAAAUACUGUGAGACAGAAGGCCUCGCCUCACCCACGGGCAAUUGUACAGCCGGAUGGUACUGUGUUCUCCAAGCUGUGAACAAUCAGCCAGUUGACGGAACCACCGGAAAUUUCUGCCCGGCGGGCCACUACUGCUUGGAAGGAGUGUCCGUCCCCACCCCUUGUGACCCUGGUACCUACAGCCUAAGCACCCAAAAUACCGUGGCCUCAGAUUGUCAUAUAUGUACAGCUGGACAGUAUUGCCCAUACUACAACAUGACUGCAACCAGUGGUAACUGUGAUGCUGGCUACUACUGCCCUGCGGGUGAGACCACACCCAACCGUCUAGCCUGUCCCGAGGGAUAUAGAUGCCCCGCAGGUAGCCCUGAUCCAGAAAUAUGCCCGAACGGAGAAUACCAGGAUCAGACAACCCAGGCAGCUUGCAAAGAGUGCCCAGGGGGUUACUACUGUGACAAUAGCCUUGGGGUGGUCAACAUCUCCGCAGAUAUCCUCUGUCCAAGUGGCUACUACUGUCCACCAGGCACACCAAGGAAGGAUCUUUAUCCUUGCCAGAUUGGAACCUUCAACAACAUGACUGGACUUAACUUGAGCACUGAAUGUACACCUUGCCAAGCUGGCUACUACUGUGAGACUGCUGGACUCAGCUACCCGACUGGUCAAUGUAAUGCUGGAUACUACUGUAAGACUCUUGCUGAAACCGCCUCACCAACUCAAGGCUCCGACGCUGAUGCAUGUCCUCAAGGUUCCUAUUGCCCCCUCGGUACUGAAGACCCUACCCCAUGCCCUGCGGGCACAUACGGUGCAUCAACCAAACUGACUGCUGAUACUGACUGCACACAAUGUACAGCGGGUCGUUACUGCACGACCCCAGGGCUCCUUGCUGUGGAGGGGCUCUGUGCUGAAGGCUACUACUGUGAACUUGGCUCAAACUCAUCAAUGGAGUACAUAUGUACUGUGGGUCACUAUUGCCCCGAGGGCUCUCCGACUCCUGAACCUUGCCCAGUGGGAACAUUUAACGCUUUAGAGGGCCUAGUAAAUGAGACCCAGUGCACCCAAUGUACACAGGGCGAUUACUGCGAAACCCAGGGCCUCAAUGCCACAACUGGCCCCUGUACUGCAGGAUUUUAUUGCCCACCCGGUCAAGACACAGAUUCUCCCGUUAGUUACCCAUGCACCGUGGCACAUUACUGCCCUACAGGAUCAGUGACGCCCAUCCCGUGCGCAAAUGGAACAUACAUGAACCAUACACAGGGUGUCCAGUGCUACACAUGUCCUGCUGGAUGGUACUGUGUGAAUGGUGAGGUUGUUGGGGAAUGUCCAGCAGGCUACUACUGUCCAGAUGGCACUGACUUCAACUGGCAGGCUUGCCCACCAGGCACCUACAAUGAUGAUACUGGACUACAAGCUGAGGCUGACUGUAAGGCAUGCACAGGCGGGAAAUAUUGCCCAUCUUACAACGCGAUCACUCCCGCUGGUAACUGCAGCGUAGGGCACUGGUGUCAGUUUGGUCUGGACAGAGCCGACCCGUCUGAUUGUAACAACACUGAUGUCUGCAACUGUACAGGAGCUCAGACCGGUAUCGGAGGUAUUUGUCAACUGGGCCAUUACUGUCCAGAGGGGACCGUCAACCCACUGCCCUGUCCCCAGGGCUAUUACAACAACAUGACCGGUCAAGGGGACUGCAAUCCUUGUCCUGCAGGAUACUACUGUACCGAAGGUACCGGAGACUAUGCGGACAAUCCCUGUCCUGCUGGUCACUACUGCCCUGCGGGAACUUACGUAGCGACCCAGUUCCCGUGCCCUACGGGAACAUUCUACAAUCUCACCAUGGCAACAGCGUUCGAGGAUUGCGUGUACUGUACGCAGGGGUCAUAUUGUGAAACACCGGCUCUGUCUGCUCCAACGGGAUUGUGCGAUCCAGGCUACUACUGUUCCAAUGCCAGUGACACAGCAACUCCAGCCCUUGGGGUCAUGGGUGGGCCAUGUGACCCAGGAUUUUAUUGCCCCGAGGGAUCGGCCAGUAAGAUUCAGUGUGACCCAGGGACCUACUGCCAAACUUCAACACUGCCUGCACCCACAGGAAACUGCUCUGCUGGCUACUACUGUACGCUAGAGGCCUCAAGCUCCAUGCCAACUGACAACACCACAGGAAAUAUCUGUCCCAUGGGUCACUAUUGCCCCGAGGGAAGCUCCACUCCCAUCGUAUGCGAGACUGGUUAUUUCCUCAAUGUCACUGGUUCAGAUGAUAUCUCCGACUGUAUAAUCUGCACAGGCGGGAAAUAUUGCCCAGGAACAGGAAAUCCAGAACCUGCGGGAACUUGUGACCCCGGGUACUAUUGUCCGAUUGGUCAGAAUGAUUCUGCUCCUGCUGAUUACAACUGUCCGACGGGACACUACUGCCCCGGAGCCACCGAUGCUCCUAUACAGUGCGACAAUGGGUACUACCAGACGCUGACCACCCAGACAACUUGUGAUAUCUGUGAUGCGGGCUACUACUGUGACAACACCGCCAAUAUCGCAUUUGUUAACACCACAUCUAUAUGUCCUGAGGGGUAUUACUGUCCGACUGGGACAAGGUUCUACAAUGAAUUCCCAUGUCCUGAAGGAACAUUCAACAAUCUCACAGGCCUUGAGCAGGAGAGCGACUGUACGCUUUGUCUUGGAGGCUACGCCUGUCCUGUCACAGGAAUGACACAGAUGUUGGACAUACACAAGUGUGCGGCUGGAUAUUUCUGUCAACAGGGAGCCAAUACCACCACUCCUGAUCAAGGAACUGAUGCUAAUAUUUGCCCAGAUGGGAAAUAUUGUCCACUUGGUACUACAGACCCAAUAUCAUGUCCCAUGGGAACGUACAGUAACAACACCGGUCUACAUGAUGUAUCCCAGUGCCAGGACUGCCCCGCAGGACAAUAUUGUGACAACACAGGACUUAUUGCUCCCACUGGCCUUUGUGAUGAAGGAUACUACUGUGAAAUUGGAUCCAACAGGAGUACAGAAUACCUCUGUCCCGCGGGAAGCUACUGUCCCGCCGGAUCCCCAGACCCGACACCAUGUCCCGCGGGAACUUUCAGUAACACACAGGGCAUGAUCAAUGUGACCUCGUGUACAUUUUGUGAUCCAGGGAAAUACUGUAACGAUUCAGGCCUUACAAGCAAUGUCAACGACUGUGACCCUGGUUUCUACUGUCCAGGUGGCCAAUCUGUACCUAACCCCGUUGCAUACCCAUGCCCCAUUGGGCUCCAUUGUCCAUUGGGUACGGGCACCCCCGUUCCAUGCUUGCCCGGGUAUUAUACCAACCUUACCCAACAAGACUCGUGUCUGAUUUGUCCACCCGGAUUCUAUUGUGUACCGGAGGAAGUUGUUAGUGGUGAUUCAUCAUCGGGUUACUCCCUCUGCCCGGAGGGUUUCUACUGCCCCGAGGGAACUGGUAGAAACUGGUCCUGGUGCCCUGAAGGCACAUUCUCCAAUGUUCUUGGGCUUGACGACAUCUCUGACUGCCAGCAAUGCUUAGGCGGGAAACACUGCGAUGUGACAAACCUCACUGCCCCCGUGGCAGACUGUGAUGCUGGGUACUUCUGCACAUUGGGUGUCGACACCUCCCAACCUGAUGGGGUUACGAAUACAGGAACUGGUGGCAUCUGUCCCCAGGGUUCACGUUGUCCCACAGGCUCUCCGACACCAGAAAGUUGUCCCGCAGGCACUUACCAAGACCUAGACAACCAGGCUGACUGUAAGACUUGUCCAUCAGGCUACUAUUGCCUGGCCGGAAGUACAAACUACACAGAUACCCCAUGUCCGAGCGGACACUACUGCCUGGAUGGAACCACAGCGGACAAUCGGUAUCCCUGUCCUGCUGGAACAUUCAACAACCUCACCGGAGCACACAAUGACAGCUCUUGCCUGCCUUGCACCCCUGGAUACUACUGUGCUGCCACAGGGCUUGAUGCACCCACAGGAAUGUGUGAUCCAGGCUGGUACUGUGAAUCAGGCUCCUCUUUGGCUCAACCCACAAGUCCAGAGGGAGGAAAAUGCCUCGCUGGCACCUAUUGUCCACAGGGAAGCUACACCACGACAGGAUGUGACCCAGGCUCCUACUGUUCUACGGACAUGCUAGACGCAGUCACAGGCAACUGUAGUGCGGGAUAUUACUGCACAGGAAAUUCCACAACCGACCAACCUACAGGCACUGGAGGUGACCGAUGCCCCACAGGCUACUUCUGUGUUUCGGGCAGUUCAGCCCCUGAGCCCUGUGAUCCUGGAACAUUCCUGCCCAGUCAGGGAGCCACCGAUAACUCAUUUUGUCUGGCCUGCACUGCUGGAAAAUACUGUAGCCAAUCAGGACUGUCCGCUAUUGAAGGAGACUGCUCCCAAGGUUAUUACUGUCCCGCCGGUCAGAUCACCAGCACCCCAUCCAGCUUUGAGUGUCCAGCUGGCUACUUCUGUGUGACAGGAGUCAGUACAUACACAAUAUGUCCAUCCGGCACAUACCAGGAUGAGGUCCGGCAAUGGAGCUGUAAGCAGUGUAUGCAGGGUUACUACUGUGAUAACACAAACGGUCCAAUCACCAACUAUACACUCACUGAAUGCCCAACUGGUCACUAUUGCCCCAACGGCACCCAGACAUCCAACCAGCAUGCAUGUCCUGCAGGCACUUACAAUGACCAGACAGCGCUCACUGACGCAUCAGAAUGCACGCCUUGUAUUGGUGGCCAUUAUUGCACUUUGGGCACAACCACCCCCACCCUACUAUGCUCUCCGGGCUUCUACUGUCUAAACUCCUCUCAAACUGCGGCUCCAACCCAAGGGCCUGAGGCGGACGAGUGCCCAGUGGGUCAUUACUGCCCCGAGGGAACUGUGCAACCUGUUGACUGCCCCAUCGGGACUUUCUCCAACGCUGUUCGGCUCGUCAACGAAUCAGAAUGUACACCAUGUACACAGGGGUCCUACUGUGAUGCCCUGGCUCUCACUACUCCAGCUGGGCUGUGUGCCCCGGGCUUUUACUGCGAAACGGGCUCCAAUAAUGACUCACCUGUCCAGUGCCCUGAGGGAAGAUACUGCCCCGAAGGGACCCACACACCAACACGCUGUCCGACAGGCACAUUCAGUAACUCAACAAUGUUAACCAGCGCUGACAACUGUACGGCAUGUACCGCUGGAUUCUACUGUACAACAACUGGGCUUACAGAACCCGAGGGCAACUGUACACAGGGCUACUACUGUGUCGAAGGUUCCACAGUUGCCAACCCAACCCGUUGCACGAUCCCAUACCACUGUCCCGAGGGAAGUGCAGACCCAGUUGAAUGCCCUGCAGGUUCCUACACGAGCCAGAGAACGCAAUGGGAAUGUGUUUCAUGUCCAGCAGGAUCCUACUGUAUAUAUGACUCAGUGACCACAAACAACGUCAACUCAGUGAAGUUUGCCUGUCCCAAGGGCUAUUACUGUCCCGAGGGAACCGGCUAUGACUGGCAGGCCUGCCCCAAGGGAACGUUCAGCAAUAGCUUUUCUCUCACCCAGGAGUCCGAUUGCACCGACUGUCUUGCCGGCAAGUACUGUGACACAGAGGGCGCCACAGCAGUCACAGGUGACUGUAACGCGGGUCACUGGUGUCAGUCUGGUGUUGACAGGGCAGACCCCGACAAUGAUGCUGAUCCCUCCACAUACAACGCAACCUGUGGACUUGGUGGUCAUACAGGAUAUGGCAGCCUUUGUCCAACUGGCACAUACUGUCCCCAGGGCUCAGAGGUUGCCAUUGCUUGCCCCGCUGGUACGUUCCAGGAUGAAAUUGGACAGAGCUUCUGCAAAGGAUGCCCCGAAGGCUACUAUUGUCUGGCUGGUGCGGCCAACUUCACAGACACAGUGUGUCCAAGCGGUCACUACUGUCCAGAGAACACAACUUUCUCAACCGAGUUUCCAUGCGAUAUUGGCACGUUCAACCCCAACAUGGGUCAGUCCAAUGUGAGUGCCUGUGAACUUUGUACAGGGGGAAUGUACUGUGAUGUUGAAGGAUUAUCUGCCCCUGCAGGGAACUGCACAUGUGGAUAUUACUGCAUUAUUGGAGCCACUCAGCCCACACCAACUGUGGCCAGUCAGGGUGGGAAAUGUAAACUGGACAAUUCGGAAGGCUAUACACAGGGCACCUACUGCCCAGAGGGAUCUACAGGGCCCACAAUAUGUUCUGAAGGUUCAUACUGUCACACUGAAAGACUAUGUGAGCCCGCUGGGCUCUGUGAUGCUGGUUACUGGUGUAUGAAUGGCAGUUUCUGGCAGGAACCCUUUGAUGGAAACACCGGAGACAAAUGUCCCAAGGGCCACUAUUGUCCCCAGGGUAGUGGCAGUGGUACACCGUGCCCAAUGGGCUAUUAUCUGAAUGCCAAGGGAAGCACUGCACUGUCAAGUUGCCAGAUUUGUACUCUAGGGAAGUACUGUGAGACUGAAGGCCUUGACCUUCCCACAGGAGACUGUGCACCAGGAUACUAUUGUCCAGCCGGUCAGUCUACGUCCACUCCAGCAAACUACAGCUGUCCCGAGGGUCACUUCUGUGUGGGUGGCCUGUCUGCACCUGAGGCCUGCCCAGAUGGGCAAUACCAGGACCAGCCUAUCCAGUCAAGCUGCAUAAACUGCCCGCCAGGCUAUUUCUGUGAUGCUGGUAUCUAUGGAGCCAUUUCCAACUACUCCCAAUACAUCUGUCCUGAAGGAAGCUUCUGUCUGGAAGCAACAGAACAUGCUGACCAGCACCUUUGUCCACUUGGAACAUUUAACAAUGCCACAGGGCUUAUCCAUGAAGACAACUGUACAUCUUGUUCUGGUGGUAUGGCAUGUGACGAAACUGGCCUCACCUAUCCUAAGAGACCAUGUUCUGCUGGCUAUUACUGUCUCUCAGGAGCUCAAUCACAGACACCCAGCCAAGGAGUGAAUGCUGACCCAUGUCCGACCGGCUCAUACUGUCCUGAACAAACAGCAGACCCGGUUCCUUGCCCUGCCGGAACAUUCAAUCCAAGUCUGUCACUGCAUUCGGAAGAUCAAUGUCUAAACUGUACUGGAGGAAGUUAUUGUAACGAUACAGGCCUAAGUGCUGUAGUUGGUCCGUGUUUCGCUAGUUUCUACUGUCCCUUGGGAAGCGACAGCCCAACCAAGGAGCAGUGCACUGUCGGCAACUACUGCCCAAUAGGUUCUGAGUAUCCCACACCUUGCCCCAAUGGAACCUUCUCCAACAACGUGGGUAAUGCCGCAAGUGGAGAUUGUAGCCAAUGUAACCCAGGCUACUACUGUAACGGAGAAGGACUCACCAAUGUCACUGGAGAAUGCAAAGAAGGUUACUACUGCCCUGUGGGUAGCAGUGUCGAGACAGAGGUGAUCUGCCCCAUUGGCAAGUACUGUCCCACGGGCACUGCAGUCCCACAAGAUUGUCCUGCUGGGUACUACACAGGAUCUGACGGAGAAAAGGAGUGCCAGAUCUGCCCUGAAGGUUUCUACUGUGUGGCGGCCAAUGUGGUGGCUGGAGACAUCAGCACUGUGAAGACUGCUUGCCCCUCAGGAUAUUUCUGCCCCAACGGCACUGGCUACAACUGGCAGCCUUGCCCAGCUGGAACUUAUAGCGCAGUUACGGGUCUGACAAAGGAAAGCGAGUGUACAUCAUGCAUUGGUGGAUUCUAUUGUGGUUCUGACAACUUGACCAGCCCUUCAGGCCCUUGCGGUGCUGGUCACUACUGUACAUCGGGAGCACUCUCUGCUAAUCCCACCAUGCUAAGCGCUAGCCAAUGCCCUGCCGGUACAGUUCACCCCAUUGUUGGUGAUGUGUGUCCUAUUGGCCAUUAUUGUCCAGAAGGUACGGACAAUCCCAUUGGUUGUCCCGCUGGUACCUACCAGGAUCUGACCAAUCAGGACCACUGUAAGGACUGUCCAUCGGGCUACUACUGUCCAGCCAAUACCACCGCCUUCAAUGUGUUUGACUGUCCAGCUGGUCACUACUGUCCAGUUAACACCACACAUGCUACAGAAUACCCAUGUCCACCACAGACGUUCAACAACCUCACCAAUGGUCAGUCUCUUGAUGACUGUGAAUGGUGUACACCUGGUAAAUACUGCGCAGGUUCCGGCAAUACCGAGCCCACUGCUGACUGUGACCCGGGUUUCUACUGUACUAAUGGUUCCGACACUGCCAGGCCAACAGUUCAGGGAGGUCGCUGUACACCAGGAACAUUCUGUCCAGCUGGUGCAACCUAUGCCUACAACUGUACCCUGGGAAUGUACUGUAGUCAGUCUGAGCUAGACACACCCGAAGGCUUCUGUGAUGAAGGAUAUUAUUGCCCAGGAGCCGCCAUAAGCCCACAGGAGAUAGAAUGCCCAGUGGGCCACUUCUGUCCAAACGCUACUGGCUACCCACAGGCAUGCAGCAAUGGAACCUACAACCCUGUUGUUGGGCUCAAGGCCGAGUCUGAGUGCCUCCCUUGUGAUGGAGGCUUCUACUGUAAUGGCACAGGACUGUCGGCGGUCUCUGGGCCUUGUGACGCAGGUUUCUACUGCCCAGCGGGUCAAUCUCAGCCCGACCCCUACAUCUACAGAUGUACCCCUGGCUACUAUUGCCCAGCUAACACAGCGGUGGAGGUCAUCUGUGAAAACGGCUUCUACCAGGAUGAAUACCAGAAAGACACAUGCAAACUUUGCCCAGCAGGUUACUUCUGUGACAAUGCCUUCGGCGCAAUCGGCAAUCUCUCGAACUACGAAUGUCCCAGAGGUUUUUACUGCCCAGGUGGUGUAAAUCGGUCCAAUGAGUAUCCAUGCCCUUCAGCAACAUACAACAACCAAACAGCAUUGGUGGCCGAGACCCAGUGUCAGCCAUGUUUGCCGGGAUAUUUCUGUCAGAAUACAGGACUUCCUGAGCCCGAGGGACUUUGCUAUCCUGGUUUCUUCUGCAACGGAAGCACCAUCCUUCCCAACCCCCCUGACUCUGUUUGUCCGAUAGGCAACUACUGUCCUGAAGGUAGCUACGAGCCGACCCCGUGCCCCUCAGGUACCAUAGCAACGGGAACCGGCAACUCCAACCUGACUGAUUGUGAGCCUUGUAAGCCAGGAAACUACUGCACGGCCAUCAGUUCACAAAACGGGGUCACUCUGAGUUUCAGCCUUCCAUGUACCGCUGGGUACAUUUGUUUGACGGGAUCUGAUAUAGCCACGCCCACAGACAAUAUCAUUGGUUACAUCUGUCCAGCCGGCUACUACUGUCUUUCUGGUGACAUCCAAGAAACCCCUUGUUCCCCAGGCACAUACCAAAUCCAACAGGGUCAAGAUUCCUGUGACAUAUGUCCUGCGGGAAGGUCAUGUCCGGACCUGGGAAUGAACUACACACUGCCUUGUCCUGCGGGCUACUAUUGUCUGAGCGGCACACAGAAUGAUGGCGAACCUUGUCCUAUUGGAACAUUCAACCCUACUGAGGGAGUAGAUGCCUCUGGGAACUGUCUUGGCUGCCUCCCUGGAACUUACUGUGACAUUGUGGGCCUAUCAUCUCCCGCAGGAAAUUGUAGUGCGGGUUAUCUGUGUGUGGGAAAUGCCACUUCUCCCACUCCAAAUGAUGGCAGCAACAAGCCUUGCAUAAUUGGACACUAUUGUGAGGAAGGUACAACAGCAGCUGUUAAAUGCCCCAUUGGAACCAUGAGAAACGAGACCCAUGGUGGAAGUGUGGACGACUGUUUCCCAUGUACAGGUGGAAAAUACUGUGGAGGGGAAGCUCUCACUGAGCCAACAGGCCCGUGUGCUGAGAGGUACUACUGUCCCGCAGCAGAUGAUAUCGGAGACGCAUCCCCCACGGGAUACCUUUGUCCAGCGGGAUCGAUAUGUCCAGCCAACACUGCCGAUCCAAUACCAUGUGACCCAGGCACCUACCAAGAAAACGUGGGCGAGUUCGAGUGUGACCCGUGUCCAGCAGGGUACUAUUGCCCGUCUAAUACAUCCGUGCCCAUCGAUUGCCCGAUCUACUCAUACUGCCCUGAGAGUUCAGCUGCCCCGACGCUGUGCUUGAAUGGGACUUACAAUGGCGCUUCAACAAACCUGGAAAAGCCGGAAGAUUGUUCAGCCUGCAUUGCUGGCAAAUACUGUACCGGUGGGCAGAUCGCAGGCCCAUGCCAGGCUGGCCACAUCUGUCUAAGUGGGAUCGGUGUAUCUGACCCCGACAAUUCCUACCUGCCCAAUGGUGGGCUGUGCACUUAUGGAUUGUAUUGCGAAGAAGGUGUGACCACGCCUGCUACAUGCCCACCAAACAGUUUUGUUGAUAAGGAAGGGGCCAUAAGCCAGGCUGAAUGCCAGCCUUGUCCGGGUGGAAGGAUUUGUCCGGAGAAUUCUACAGUGUCCGAGCCAUGCUGGAGAGGCUACUAUUGUAUGGUCACAAUGGACCCUGCAAUGUGUCCCAACGGUACGUACAAUGACCAAACCGGGAUGAGUGAUUCCAGCGCUUGUCUCCCCUGCCCCGCUGGCUAUUUCUGUGAUGAGGAAGGCAUUUCUAACUACACAACCAAACCAUGUCCCCUUGGAUAUUUCUGUGUCAAUGCCUCAAUCUAUCCAGAGCCAUGUCCGACUGGAACAUACAGGGAUGUAAUCGCUGCCGCCAGUGAGCUAGAAUGCUUCCCUUGUCCGGGUGGAUCAUAUUGUCCUGACACGAAUAUGACAUUUGCGGGAUACCCUUGUGAAGACGGCCAGUAUUGUCCAGAGGGAGCUGAUCUUGUCAGGCAAUGCAAAGCUGGUUUCUACUGCAACAACUCUGAGACUCAGAUCUCUUGUCCACCUGCAUACUACUGCCCUGAAAAUGCCACGCAGCCAACAAAAUGUCCACCUGGUAGCUAUUGUACUGGACAAUACUUCGAUACUUGCAAUUGCACUGAUGCCGGAGCCAUUGAACCCGUCAUGUGCCCUGCCGGCUACGGGGAGAAAAUUGGAGCCCUGCGUGUUACAUUCGAUGACACAUGUGAACCAUGUCGUGGAGGGUACUUUAGUGCAGCAGAUGGUAGCGGUUGUCUCCCUUGUCGAGCAGGAGUUGUCUGUCUUGACAAGGCAACGUCCGAUAACCCUGUUGCAAACAACAGCGAUUUGGCAUAUAUCUUUGGACCAAAUGGGACACAGUCAUAUCUUUGUCCACCAGGCUACUACUGCCCAGAGGCCUCAGCCUAUGAGACUGGUUGUCCCACCGGCACAUACAAUUAUGAGGAAGGUAUGACCGCCCUUAGUGACUGUCAAAACUGCCCGAUUAACCACUUCAACCACCUGACUGGUCAAACUGGUUGCUUCUAUUGUGGAGGAGAGGCGCAACAACCGCUGACUGGACAACCGACUUGUCAGUGUUCAGGAAAUGGCAGAGACUUCCAGGAAACUGACAGGCAAUGUCCAUGUGCUGCUGGAUUCAAGGAAAUAUCUGGAGAUAAUGAUUGUGAAAGAGAUGUUCUGGAAAACUGUAAAAAUGAUGAAUACAGGUUCCAGGACGGGACUUGUAAGAAUGCUGCAGAAUUCGAGGAUACCUGCAAAUAUCAGUACUGUGGGGAAGAUAAGUACCUAGGAUUCUAUGUCCAAAAGGGGAUAUGCACUUGCAAGGUGGAUGAUCUCGAAGCGAUGUGUAACGUGGCUUGUAGGAAGGCCUCCGCGCAGCGUCUUGAAUGGGUAUGUGCAGACGCCCCUGAUGAGCCACAUCUACAAGUAUCAGACGCUGAUGGAAAUGUUGUGAAACAGUAUGUAUCAUCCUCGAUGACAGCCACCAUUAACUCGGAGAGUGCCUUAACCAAAGACCAAUGUGACGAAUUGGACAAUUCAGAACACUCUGUGUACUUCAUGAUCAGUACAGACACAGGUUUCAUGGGAGUUUACGAGCCUGACCCCUACGCCUUAGUCGCCUUUAUUGACAGUAAUGUCAAAUCAAACAUAACCGGAAAUGCAACACAGGACAGUACCUACACUUACACUGGUCGACGUCGUUUAUUGGCAACAACUAUGUUAUCAGGCGUCAACUACACAGGAAUCACAAACCCGAUUGUAUGCUUGGAGUAUGCUGACUUUAUGAUGUGGGCGGUUGAUAAUAAUAACUAUCCAAUCUACGACAGGAACAACCUAUUCAACACCAACUCACAGUUUGACUAUGGUGGUUUCCGCGCCCUGGCAGAAGCCCAAGCUCAAAUAGGGACGUCAACAACGCUGUUUGCCUAUCAGUUCAAGGAUCCGGGCACAUAUGUGUUCUACAGCAGUGCCGACCAGUAUAAGAAAAUGUAUAUCCGAGUGAUGCAGCAGUCCACUCAGUGUACCCAGACAGGACCAUUUUUCCCCGUUACAAAAUCUAACAUAGUAUCAAACGGUAUCGGCUUCAACCAAGACAUUCUCCAGGCUCCAGAUUGGCCAGUCAUCUUUAUUCUCCUCGGAACUGGACUCCUCAUUAUCAUCCUCAUGAUAAUUGCACUGGCGCUCUUCAGGAAGUAUGGCUGGAUAAAGAUGACCAAUCUGUCACCAUGGUUCCGAGAGCGAACGAAGGUUUACGACUUUGACAACUACGCUAGCAAGGGGUCCACUGUUUAUCCUGUGAGGAAGUACCACAGAAACAUGGCCGCCAUUCAGGCUGGUGCGAUACCCACAUCCUCACAGCCACAGGCCAUACAAGGAGGUGAUUCUGCGGAGGCACAACAAGAUGAAUUCUGGGACUACGAUCGUCAGGUGGACCUUGAAGGGUUCAGCUCCCGUCGCGUGUAUGACACCCUGGCUAAACAGUCACGCACAGUCACACAGACACUUGGCAGACAGAAGGAUGAGGUCAAACAAAUGUACCAGAAGGUAGCUGCACAGACUGACUCGCUGAAGAGCCUGUGGGCCGCCAAGAUGAACCUGAAGGGUACGGCAGUGCUUGCUACGGAAGACGACAUCGCGGAAUAUGAGCGUAAACUGCAUUAUCUGGAACAAGAACUGGAGCGCAGGAAGGAAGUUGGCCACAGGUUUGAAGCAAUCUUGAAUCAACAACAGUUCCUGGCUGAUGAGGAUGAGAAAUCAAGAGAAGCGCAUCAGGUGAACUACCAAGCCUCCCUACGAGAAGCCUACCGCACAUUGAAGGACCACACUGAACGACAACAACGUGGCCAACUGACCGACCCAAGCGGCCAGUUUGACACAUCUGCCCAACGCUCAAUGGAGACCCGUGUUUCAAACCUUAUGCAGAAAAUGUCAAGCGAAGUUGCUAAAGAAAGUGAACGUCUUGGUUGCUGGGGUGUACUGGGACAAGGGACCGGCGCCCAGCUGCUGAAUGGGAAAUCCCCAAUGUCAAAGGCUGAAGUGUUGGCAAAGACCUCUGCACUUAUUGAGACAGACAGAUCCACUGGCCUCCUGAAGGCAAAGGCUGGUUCCCAAAUGUUGAUAGGUGAUGGUUCCACGCUGCCGGUUCCCAAGCACAACUUUAUCCACCCCCAGACAGGCAAUGUUCUACCGAUACAGGGCAAUGUCGCUUAUGAUCCUGUUGGAGCCAAAUUGGUGUUUGUGGUCGACUCUGCUACAGGCGAAGCCCCAAGAAGUGAGGACUCCUAUAUACCAUUUGUACCUUACCCCACCCACAAUGGUCAGCCUAUCCGCACAAACCUUCAGCCUCUCCAACAUGCCAGCGAUCUUCGAUAUGGUGCCCCAAUGUCUGACCCAGAAACAAGACUGCACGUGCCCAUACUUGCUGUUACUCUAAAUCCUACCAACGGUGCGGUGUUGCCAGUCGGGGGCACGCAUGUGGAUAUCGUCACCGGAUUGCCGACACCCAUUGAGAUCGGAUCACUGAUGGUUGAUCCAAACUCUGGCCUCCCUGUACCGAUCCUGGCCGUCACUUUGGAUAAUGAGACUGGCGAGGUAGUACCAGUCGGCGGUGUAUACUCCAACAACGCACCAAUCCUCCCAGGCCAAGCAAUCAAAGAGCUACUAAGCGGAAAACCAGUCCGCGUACAUGGUGGCUAUCUUGCCGGUACUCAGGUUGAGCCAUCUGCAGGCGGGUACCAGGGUCUUCUGGAUUCUACCGUACUGGCAUGUGAGGCGCGUGUAAAUGAUGCCAUUCAAGUGUACAUGGAAACAUUGGCUGCCUCUACAGACAGCAAUGUCAAUACACGCCAUGAGGAAUCCGGUCUGGAAACAGCUAUGAAGGAUUUGGAGACGUCAAGGACGCAGAUGAAGACGCACUUGCUCCGAACUCAGCAGGAUAUCAAGAGGAGACAGGAAAGGGCAAACAUACUCGCUACCACUGGCGGCUCUCCAGGAAUGUACGAAUUCGAGAAGACUGGUCAGGUGUUACCCAUCCUUGUGGGAACAACAAUGGCAGACAAGGCCGGGUCAGGUCAAGAAGUACCGAUCCUAGGGGCGGAGAAACAUCGCCAGACAGGAAAAGUUGUCCCCCUUGGUGGAACCAUGGAAGAUCCAGAGGGAGCUGGCCUUGUACCCAUCAACAUUGGCAAGAAAGCUAUCGACCCUAUAUCAGGGGAGCUAAGCCCUGUGAUUGGUGUGCGAUUGAACGUGGAGACAGAUACGGUAGUACCCAUUACACUUUCGUCCAGCAAACAUCGUAAGAAGAUGGCGCCACCUGGAGCCGCAGCCAUGUUGGAAGAAGAAAUUGUUGCUAGACGUGGAUACUGGCGUCGUCAAAGACAAAAGGAGGAAGAAGUCACUCAGAUUGAACACAAACUUGCACUGACGCUACUUCGUGAUGUUGACAGCGUCACCGUCAAAUCAAUCUCCAAAGCCUUAGAGGAGAUCGACUCAGGAGCAAAUAUGUUGGCAGAGAACAGUAAACGUGAAGUGCAAAGACGUGGCGCAGCGGAGCACGAAUAUAGCUCAGUGUUGCCACCAGAGGUUGUUGCGGUCUUGACGGACUGUGACGCACCUGAAUGCGAGAUGGAAGAAGGUCAUGUCAGCGCGCACGUGAAGUUCGCUGAUGCGGUCAGGAAGUUUUUCAACAAGCUCCAGACGGAGGAGAAGAAAUAUAAGGACAAGAUGGAACAACUAGGAGCAGGAGGUGAAAAUGCAGAGGCAGAAAGCAUCCAGAGACAACGUUACCGCCAGGCUAAGGACCGAUUAUUGGUCGAACUACAGGAUCAGAUAAUCACCCGCAUCGAGAAUCUUGAUGAAGCCCACUCAUCCCUGGAAUAUGCGCGCCAGAGGUCUGAACUCUGUUGCCAGGAGGCUAAGGUCGUACUUACCCAUAGUGCUUUGCUCGCAGGUGAUUAUGACGCUCAAUUGAGCGGUGUUUAUGGUGACGCUGAAAGUGCCCAGCCUGAGCAAGAUUCGGAAUUAGUGCCGCUGAUUAAACAGCUGAUAGCCAUGCUAGAGUCUGGUGGACCGUUCUAUUUGUCGACAGAUUUGCUCAACGUGAUCAGAAGUGCCGCAGGCGGCAGUAACGUUCACAAUGUACAUAAUGUGGACCUUGGGGGGCAGAGUGGUGGCUCCGGGUCUCAAAAUAUAGGCGGAAGCCCAACCAGGAAGGAUGAGGAGAGUGGUAAGUCGUCUAAGAAAUCCAAGGUUGCUCUCGUCGGAAAAGGAGCUAAAGACUCGAAAGAUAAGAAAAAGAAAUCUGAAAAGGACAAUGUAGCUACUGGUGGUUCCAAUGUAGACUCUGAAGCCGCAUGGAAGGACUUAUUGAGAAAAUUGUUUGAGAAACAAGCAUACGAGGCAGCUAAGUUAGAAAAUGACUUGAAGUCCGAUGAAAUGAAUGCUAUGCAGGAUAUCAUUAAUGACACUGAAAGAAAGAAGAAGAAUAUGAUGAAUGAGGCUAAAGAAGAUCUCAGGCAGAAACUGGAAAAGUGUGAAACUGAGAAAGAAAGAGAUAGACUUAUGCAUGAUUACGCUACAAACUUACAGAAAGUCAACGAUGCUUUUGUUAAGCAGAAGAAUAAGCAAUUGGAAGCCUUACGUAAGAAACUGCUGGAGGGUCGGAGAAAUCGUAAGAAGGAGUUGUAUCGUAAGCAGUGUGCCGAGGCCGAAGCCCAGGGCGUGGGUAUUGAGGCCGUGCCAGACGUUAAUGUGCCGGGCUACGAUGAUCUGAUGCGAGAUUUGUUAAGGCUGCAGGAAAGUCAGGAACGAGCCCUCGCGGAGAUGCAGAGAGAAGGGGAACAUGCUCGACAGGAUGUUGAGGUCCCCGAAAUUGACUCCGACUUUGAGCGUGCAAUCCGCAAGCUUGACGUUGAUGACGGUACCAAACAGCAGAUGAUGGAAGCUGCAAGGCAAAGAAAUAGGGAACUCCAAGAAAAGAUCGCGAGAAUGAAAGAAGAGAUGAAGCAUCGCAAGGAUCGGGUGAAAACGUCCAAAUUGUCAGAGGAAGAGACAGCUGGUAUGACGGAAGACGAACAAAGACGAUUGGUGGAGGCUAGGCAUAUUCAGAACGAGGCUGAUCGGGAAAAGGAGGAGCUUGGACUUCUGGAGGCCAGGAGGCUUAUGGAAAAGGAGCAACAGAGGCUCGCACAAGAACAAGCCAUGCGUGACGCCAUGAAGAAUAUGGCAGAAGACGAACGUGACCGAAUCCUCGCCAUGUACCAAUCGGAGCUUGAUAAACUCAUGAGUCGACAAGACAACGCUCGACAAGAACAGAGGGAUAAGGUCGUCGGAAAACUCGCCGCAAGAAAGCGUCUCCGAGAGGAACUAGAAAAGGAACAGGCGGUUGCUAAGGAGCUGGACAGAAUCACCAAGAGACAUGUAACACAGGGUGACCAAGAAACCGCCGAUGUGAUCAUGGACAUCAACGAGAAGGUCAACGGUGACAACCUAACAGCCGAGCAACAACAACUGAUAGCAGGUCAGGAGACGGAAACGGAGAAAUUGGAGCAGCGACAGCGGGGAGAACAACGCGAUAUUAACAGAAGCCUGGACGAGGAGAUGGUAACGGAGGAAAUGGGUGUCGAGACGCAGAUACAGGAAGAAAAGAGAUUGGCAUUAGCGGAGCAAAAGAACAAGUUCGACCGGGACAUGUUGCUGAAUCGUGGUAGUAUGUCGGAGGAUGAAUAUCGACGUCUCCUUGCCGAACACCAGAAAGAGAUGGACGCGCUGGUCGCGAACAUGGAUAGAGAGAAAGAUCGACAGAAACGGGCCAUCAAGGACAGGAUCCUUGAACGUCGUAACAAGCGAGACACGCAGCUUGGUGAGAAACAUCGUCUAGAGAUGGAAGAAGAAAUGACGCGGCAACAGCAGCAGAGAGACAAGCUGAACGAUGAGAUCGCUAGAAAGGUUGAAGAAGCUGAGUUGAAGAAGAAUGUUAAGGCUAUGGCAUCCCAAAAUAUGGAUGGAGAAAAGGCAGAAAACCUUAUCUACACAGUGUUGCGACAGCGUCACCUCAAGGAGGCCAUACAUUUAGAAGACCAACUGGCUCGUGAGAUGGCGGCCGCUAAACGGCGGGCAAAGGCUGAAGUUGAGCAGAGCAGACAGAAAGAGAGAGAGGUUCUAAUGCAGGCAUUUGAACAGGAAAUGAUGGACCUGAUUGCCAACUCGAAGGGAAUGAGCGAGGAGGAACUGAAGGCCAGGAAACAUGAUCUCAAACGGGAACAGAAGAGGCAGAAGCGAGACUUCGACAAGCUGACCCAACAAUUGGUAGAGCAAGCCGAAAAGGAAAUCACGCCAAAGAUGGAAAUCCAACAAACGUACCAGAGGCUUGAGCUGAAAGAAAAACAGACAGGCGAGCUCUCAGACGCAAUGCAGACGUAUUCACCAUCAGACGAGUUGAAAAAGAAAUAUGCUGAAGAGGCGCGGUUAGCUGCAUUAGAAGCGGAGAGGUUUAGAAACGAGGUUUUGGCAAAGAUGAAGGGCGAUUUUGAGAAGAAGAAACAGGAAGAGAUGGAGAGAGAAAAGGAAAAGCAGAGGAAAUUGGCGGAUCAUUACAAGAAACUCCAAGCCGAGCUUGAAGAAGAUCAAAAGCGCGAGGAACGUCGGUUACGGGAACGCGAAGAGGAGAAACAUCGUCUACGCCAGAAACAACUUGAAGAGCGACAACGCAACGAGGCAGAACAGAUCCGCAAGUCGAACAUGAGCGAGAGCGAGAAAGAACGAUUGUUACGAGAACACGAGGAAAAUAUGAGCAAACUGAUGGAGAACUUUACUGAUGAACAACAGAGAUCAAAAGCAGCCCUCGCAUCAAAACUUGAAGCUCGUAAGAAGAAACGUCACGGAGCAGAGUUUGCCAAGUUCUCCAAACAGAUGCAAAUGGAUGAGGACAACCAACAGCGUAAAAACCUCGAUCAGAAGGCGCGUGAAGCUCAACUUAUGGGCGAAACAAGAACGAAUAAGACUGAGACGUCAGCUGUUCUGAUUGGUGAAUUGCCAACUGGGGCAGUUAAGCCAGGGUCACGGGAAGGUUCUGCAGGCUCUAGUUCUGGUUCCCUUGGGGUCACACUCACUGGUAAUCAAGAACAGGACUGGGUUAACUUGUUGAUGGCGUCACCACUGUUCAAGCAGAUCAGCGACCUGGAAGAGAUGCUGGAUAAAUCUGGACAGGCCUCAGAUGACGAAGUUGUACGUCCGCACGUGAAAGGGGGAGACUACUCGACGCCAUACCUCGAUGUGAAAGAUGCACAAUGGACAUGCAAGGGCGACCUUCAGCCAGUCGAUAUCAGCCAGAUCUCCGCUAGUCAAUUUGUCGUAUACAGAUUCGGUGUGUUCGUCAUCAAACUGCUUCAUGAACAGAUCGGUACCCCCCAGACUACUCUUCUCCUCGCCACAAACUUGCCUCCGAACAACUACGAGCGGAAUGCCUUCAGGAAUUCUGUAUACUACGAGCAUGCCAGGAAUAUCUUGUUUGUUCGUAAGGAGAGAAUGGACUCGAUCGGUGAAUUUGUGGUUCUCAUUUUACAUUCAAUGUCACAUAUCAAGUGUGGUGAAAUGACUGACGAUGGCAACGCACAAUUCUUGAGACAAUUCUAUAGGUGCCUAAAGGUCGUCUGCCAGGACAUGUUCUUCUCACGUACGAAGACCACACCCACAUCAAGGUCUCUGAUUGGUCAACAGUCGACCAGUAGCAGGCCUGCAUUGGAACAAGCACUUGCGCCACUCACAAAGAAGAUGGAGGAUAAAACGAACGUUGUCGGAGAGCUGGUGGAUAUGAAGGUCGAAGGUCCGGUACGGGGUGAAUUCUCACAACAGCAAAUCAAUGGCCGCAUUUACGGAUAUGAAAACAUGUCAAGCACAGCUCGAUUACGGCAAUACCUUGCAGCAAAGGGAGGCUACCUCGCUACAUCAGACUUUAUCGCAAACCGCAUGGCAGAACUAAAGGGCUCAAGUCCUGUUUCAACACAUUCUAGAACUAGUCAACACAGAAGAGCACCACCACCGCCAUCAAUCGUCACACAGCGUGAUGUCGUGGAUACACAACUAGUUGAACUGCAGGGUAAAAAUGACUCUCUAAACGAAGAACUUGCUGAUGUGCUCAAAAUGGAGGCCGGUUUACGUGAAGGCAUUCGGCAAAUGGAAACGGACGCAUCAAAUGCUAACCAGGUCAAGGCCGCUUCAGAACAACUAGAGUCGCAAUUAAUACGCAAAAACGAUUUGUUGAAACAGAUUGCUUCCCUUGAAACAGACAUUUCGAAGAAAGAAAAAGAGCUGCGGUCUAAGAAAUAAGUUAAAGUGAAUAAGUUGACAAUACUUACCAUUUAAAUGAAUGUGCACAAUAUGAAAUAAACAGAAAUUUAUUAAUAUUGAAAAAAGGGAGAUAACAUGUGAUAUGAAUUACCUUCUUGUGUUACAAUAUAAGUGAAAACAUGUAUACAUUAUGCAGCUCAGUGAAUGAGAGAUUAUGUGCACAAGACAACUUGUAUACGAGAUAAAAGAACAAAAAAUACUUUUUAAGCAUACUGUACAAGAAACAAUAGAUCACCAACCUUUGUAAAUAAUUGUCAAAAAUUGAAAAAAAAGAUGGAAAAAAAAUGUAUUUCGGGCCGGGGCCAAGUAAAAAGUAUCUUUAUCAAAUUCCUCCCUUUAAACAACAACAUUUAUAACCCGAUACUAGCCCCUAUGUAACGGCCCCUUCAUAUAGAGAAACCAAACUUGAGAGAGAAAUAUAAAUUAUAUCUUCAUAUUUGCCAAUUGUUUUUAGCUGUGAUAUAACAUUUUGAUUAUUUAUAGAAAGUUUAUCUCGAGCUAAGUUAAGUAGAUCGAAUGAGAUAUUAGAGUUAAUAUUAUUUUUGUUAGAAAUAUUUGGAUCAAAUUGUGUAUGAUCUGUAAUGUGCAAUUCUGAUAUCUUUUUGAAGGCUUAUAUUGUGAUACACAUAUUUAUAUAUGAACAAAACAUCCCUCUGUGUUGAUUAUAAUAGAACUGCUAUGAUGAUAUAUUGUGUAUAAUGAAGUGAUUAUGUUAUGCCUUAAUUCGGGUACCAUUGCAUAUUACGCUUAUUAUUAAUUUGAUUUAAACAAACCAAGACAGACAGGAACAAUAGCAUUUUUUUCAAUGUUGUAAAAUAAUUAAUAGAACUGCAAAGCAUUUACGAAAUAUUUGUAUUUUUACCUGACUAUUUUGACAAGAUAUAGAGAUAAAUUAAUAUUAUUUCAUUUAAAAUCCAAUUUUAACUGUUAAUAAAUUGAUUUGUUUUACACUGCUAUAUGUCCUUAUUUUGCUUAAAACAAUACUUUUUCUUAAGUUUGGUUUUUGCUAAAUCCAUCUGACAAGAUCUGUGAUAUUUAUUGUACAUUCUAAAAAUAUACAAGAUAAUCAUUGAAAUAUGCAUCACUUUCUGCAAAAAAUAUGUACAUUUAUAAUAUGUGAAUUUCGAUAUAAUUUGGCAAUACUAUUGAGAUUAUAUUUUUCUUGUUCAACGGUGGACAAAUCAGAUUAUCCUUUAUGCUUCAAGUGAAUUGAAAAGAUUUAAGAACUAUGCAUUUUGAACUAAGUUUUUUACAUUUAAGUUUAAAGCAUUUGCCAUAUAUGUAUAUAUUCUAUUUAUUUACAUUUGUUGUUUAUUCAAAGUUUACAUUUCUAUGCAUUUAGAAAAUUUACAUUCCUUUUUAUUCAAUAUUUCAUAAACAAAUAUGCACUUGUAAUGAUUCCGUCCAAACUUCUACAAUAUCUUGGGAAUGUAAUAUUAUGUUUGUCCACACAAGGUAUAAAUAUUAGUAACCCAGAAUUAUCUUAACAUCCCAGAUUUGUGGGUAUUUUUUGUACUUGAUGUCCACUUGUUCAUAAAAAUCAUGUUAUAACUUUUACAUUUGGUGAUGCAUUUAUAAAAAUAUACAUAAUUGAAGUUAUUUUGGUUAAAAAUAAAUGGAAAGA